AUGCGAUGCUGUUUUUGGUCGAAAUUGAGUAGUUUUGAUACGAAUUUCGCGGCGACCCGUCCAUGCCCAAAUCACUGGUAAAAGUCGAAUGACAGGUGCCAAUCGAUAUGUUCAGGUCCUCAGCAAGUUCUCUACCGGUGAUUCGACAAUUGGCCAAUACUAUUUUAACUCCGUAUUUUUUUGAGAGUUUGUACGACAGCAUACAUCCCCAGAAGAAAUCAAAACUUUGUUUAUCGCCGAUUUUCUUUUAACUCCUAGUGAAUUAGGAGUGAAUUAAAAUUUGUCCUACUUUUAGAACUGCUUAGAAAGUGUAUCAUUAUUUAGAGAUAUGCUAACAGUGGUAUUUGAAAUUCUACAAAUAACUCUAGUAGGUACUUUCGAUAAAACAUCGAUUGAGAAUUUGUAUUGUUCUUAGUGCUUAAUAACAUAUAGAUCCGGACUCUAGUUCUCUUCAUGAUUAAAUGCGAAGUACAGGAAAAGAAAAUAAACAAGAAGAACUAAUCCAUUAAGCAUAAGAAGAGUGAUAACUAAUACUUUUAAAGCGUAAUUUUAAUUCUAGCCCGGUUUUAAGUCUUUAAGUUUUAAACAAUCACAAUACUAAACGUAUGUCAAGGUCUGGUUCAGUUAACUUUGCUAUCUAUAUCUUAUAAUUGCUAUAUUAACGUUGCUAAUCAACUCUUGUUGAUGUAAAUGACUUUCUAAAGAAAGUACAAGUUAAUGUUAUAUAUAUAUAUAUACAUACAUUCCAUCCUACCUGCUUACAUUCCGAUAUUAAUGCGAAAUACAUUUGUACGUAAAACUAACUAAUUAUUCGGUGUGAUAAUAAAAUUAUUACAAUUACACUUUGCGAGUUUAUACAAGGAGUACCUAUCUAUUGUAAAUUGUUAAUUUAUUUUAAAGCGGUUUCGUUACUUUUUCAACUACAGAUAAAAACAGUUCACGAUAUCUUUAUCUUUUUCUAAAGCGAACGUUUAAAAAGUAUGUAGUAUGUAAUUAAUAGCAACGGCAUAUUUGAUAUUUAGUACACGCGACUCGAGUGCGUAUUUUAACACACGCUAGUGCCUCUAUUUUUAAAAGUUUGUGCUUUAUGAGACGACGAAAAUGAAACAACUAGAACAAGAGAACCCAGAUACUGAAAAACCGAUUCACAAAAGACCUGAAAAAUGGCUUGGAGUUCGCCAUGUUCAAAUGACCCUUCUCUGCUUUAUGCUGGGCAUUGCUUACGGUCAAAGGGUAAACCUGUCGGUUGGCAUAGUUGCGAUGACAGAUAAAAACAUUAAUCCCAACGAAAAUAUUCCAGUAUACAAUUGGACAGAUCAAAAUGUAAUAUUAUCAGCUUUCUUUUGGGUCUAUUUCAUACCCCAAAUUGGGGCGGGUCAAGCUGCCGAAAGAUUCGGGGCCAAAUGGUUUCUCGUUGUGACAAUGCUGCUGUCUUCUGUGGCAUCGCUUCUGAUACCUCCACUAGCUGCAUUUGGUUCUUGGACUGUAAUAUUAUGCAGGGGGAUACAAGGGUUCAGUCAGGGGUGGCUUUUCCCCUGCUGCACGUAUCUCUUUGGAAAAUGGGCACCAGCGCCAGAACUUUCAACCAUUGUCACUUUUGUAUCAAUUGGGUGCCAAGUAGGGACCGCUGCGUCCAUGGGCCUAACGGGUGUGAUGAGCGCGAGUAAAUACGGUUGGCCCUUAGCAUCUUACACUUCCGGUUGUCUUGGACUCUUAUGGGUCGUCGUGUAUAUAAUUUUAGGAAGUAAUGGCCCCCAUGAACAUAAAGAUAUUACCCCCGCGGAACACCACUACAUCAGGUCAACCCUUGGAAAUGAAAACGUCGAUGAACCCCGUUCAACCCCCUGGAAAGAUAUGGCUCUAUCUCUGCCAGUUUGGGCAAUUCUCGUAUCAAAUUGUUGCUCGGAUUGGGGACUUUACACCUGCCUCACAGAGGUUCCGACAUAUAUGAAUUACGUGUUGGGUUUUAACAUAGAUGAUAAUGGGCUUCUUUCUGCCUUGCCCUACAUCGCAAAUACUAUUCUGGCCUUACUAUUUGGUGUAGCCACUGACUACAUUGUCAACAAAGGAUGGGUCAACGUAACUGUUGGAAGAAAAAUUGCCAAUACCAUUGGUUUCAUAGGUCCUGGUGUAGCAUUGCUAGUUUUGGGUUUGUACCAAAAAAGCGCUUCUUCAACAUUAGCUACCACACUUUUGGUAUUGACCGGUGGGAUAAGUGCCGGUUCAACCGCUGGGUUCAUGGUAAAUUAUUUGGAUCUGUCUCCAGUUUAUGCGGGCACAAUGAUGGGAUUAACAAACACGAUUUCGAACGCUCUGUCGAUACCGAGUCCACUGCUUGUCGGAGUGUUUGUGAAAGAUAACACAAACGCUGGUCAAUGGUCAAUCGUGUUCUAUUUCACGGCUGGGAUAUAUUUUCUGGGUGGAUUGUUUUUCCUUGUUUUUGCCACAGGUGAGAGACAAGGGUGGAAUUACUACGACAAACAACAGAAAAAAGGCGACAAAGAGAGUGCAGCUGAAGGACAUUUAUGCGAAUGAGAAUUGUUAUUAUAUUCUGUUAUUACGCAAAGUGUUUUAUUUAUUUUCAAAUAAAAAAGUUGAUAAACCUUAUC